AUGCCUCUGGCCCCUCUGACGACGCCCCACGCACGACCUAGUAUUGCCGCCUCGCCGUCGCUCGAACCGCCGCAUCCUUCGCCCUGCGCAGGCUGGAACAUCGAUGCCGCCGCCCACGUCGAGGGCAAGCCCGCAGCCGACGAGCCCGCGCGGCCCAACACCCCACCCUCCUACCUCUCCGCCCUCCGUCAGCUCGAGAGUCCCGUGUCGCCCCAGGUCAUCAACCUCGCCGCCACACUGACCACCCAGGCCGAGAACGAGAUCGACGCCGACAACGUGAGCUUCCUGCGCCGCCCCGUCGAUCCCCAGGAGGAGUGGCGCCAGCAGAACGCUCAAGCGGAGGAUGAGCUAUUCGAGGAAGUGCGCGUUGCCCGGGAACGACUGCGCGCCCGGACCGCCGAGAUGCAGCAUGAUGAGCGUGAUCGCCAGACGCACCUGCAGCGCGUGCUGAGCCGCCUCAGUCGCAUGGAAGACUCCCUGUCCUACAGUGACCGCGUGCCCUCGAGAAACUCGCUGUACAAUUGGAGCCCGCCCGCCGAUGCCUCGGCCGACCGCGACCACGAGGAGCUACAGGAGAUACUGCGGACGUUGCGGCAAGAACCAUCGACUCCCUUUCCAGGAGGCCUGUCCGAGGAUACCGCGGCGCGCUACUCCCGCGUCAUGGGCCAGCGGGCCACGCAGCCCUCCGAGUCGUCCCUGCGUUCGACACAAUCGAGACGGCACCCGCGCUUCUCGGCGCGCUCGCGGGAGACAAUGCAGCGCUACAUCACCGAGCGGGACGCGGCCAUGCGAACUUCACAGGACCGGUCCGACCUCAACCGGAUAGAAACGAGCCGAUACGGCUGGCACCUGAGCAGCCGAUCAAGCGAGGCGCGGGAUCGAACGAGGCUAGACUCGUACAGGCGGAGCUAUCUCGAGAACCCGUCCAGCAGCCCCGCGCCCACUUCUCCCUGGCUGGAGCAAACCAUCAAUUAUCUUUCCCAGAUCCGGAGCUCGGAUUCCUACGAAGACAGCCUCUUCCAUGCGGCGGAUGCGGGCUUCGUCACCAAGGAAUUCUUCGGCGAAAACCACCAGGACUUCAUCCUCGAUGUCAACACAAUCCCUGGACCUGCAGAAACCUCAUGGUUAGCGCCUGGUGCCGUGUUUUCCGGUUCACAACACGCCACUACCGUUACCUCAAGCGUCACCACCUCCUCAAAUAUCCCUACCGCUACCUCAACCACACUAUACCGCUUUCGAAACAAUGACUCCCCCAUGACAUCAACCCGGUUCGAUGUAGCACGGCCCUGGAUGAGCCAUAAUAAUCCAAUUCCGCCCCACGCUCGCAGAGUAGAAGAUCCCGCGACCCAACAAACACAACAACAGGACCGCUGGCCUGUCAAGGUCACCGUCCACGCCGUGGACUGGGAAAACAUGACCCUCGCCGCGACAAUGGAAGCUUACAAUGUACCAUCACACCCUCCCUCGUUUCCUGGCAGUACGCUUGAUCCGGCAGCAAGCGGGCCUUCCCGACCUGGAACCCGCACCUCGAGUAUCACAACAUAUCUAGAAGGCGAAAUCCUUGAUCUACGUACCCACACCCUUCUCACUGAAUCCUUCAAGAGUAGUCUAGCAACAGACGCCACGUACUGGCGGAAGUUGCCCCCAUUCGCUCAUCUCAGCGACCACGAUCUCGUCCACAAGCUCGUCUCACACGACUAUGUUACGGAAUUGGCACAAGAGUGGAUCCUGAUGCGGUGGAAGGAGCGCUGUUUUGUGAAAUCCACAUCCUCGGCACGAAGGCGGGCAGCCGCCGCAGCCGCCACCCAUGUCACCCCCGCCGAUUCGCCCAUGACCACGGACACCAGCGAUUCCGACCCUUCCCAACACGCCUCUUUGCUGAGAGACCCCCCGGCGGCGAGUACGGAUCAGGACGAGGAUGCGGGAGAGGACGGGUGCGGGUUGACCAUCAGCGGGUUCUAUUACGUUUGCCUGCGGCGCAGCGACGGCGCGAUCGAGGGCCUCUACUACGACCCGCAAAGCAGUCCGUACCAGCACCUCAAGCUCAGUCCUGUCGGCGGAGGCAACUUUCCCGUUUGGAACUUCCGGUGA